GAGGUAAUCUACUGUUAUUUUACUCUUGGAAUGUUAAAUGAUCUAUAAAGUUAUACUUUAUAUUUUAUCUUAUGUUUAGAUCAUGACACAAGCGGUUCCCGAAAAGAUUAACUUUCCUGAAGAGGAAGAAAAAAUAUUAGCGCUCUGGAAGAAAAUUAACGCUUUUCAAACAUGUCUCAAGCAAUCUAAGGGCAAGCCAAACUUUACAUUCUUCGAUGGCCCACCCUUCGCAACUGGUCUUCCCCAUUAUGGCCAUGUGUUGGCUGGAACAGUUAAAGAUAUUAUUACUAGAUGGGCUCAUCAGUCUGGAUUUCACGUAGAAAGACGAUUUGGUUGGGACUGUCACGGACUACCAGUUGAACAUGAAAUUGAUAAAACUUUAGGCAUCACUGGUCCCGAAGAUGUUAUGAAGAUGGGAAUAAAAAAUUAUAACGACGAAUGUCGUAAAAUUGUUAUGAGAUAUUCGAAAGAGUGGGUUGAGAUAAUGACCCGUCUUGCUCGAUGGAUUGAUUUCGACAAAGAUUAUAAAACAAUGUAUCCAACUUUUAUGGAAAGCAUUUGGUUUGUAUUUAAGCAACUUUAUGAAAAAGGUUUAGUGUAUAAAGGUGUUAAGGUCAUGCCAUUUUCAACAAGUUGUAAUACCCCUCUAUCAAACUUUGAAGCUGGAUUAAACUACAAAGAUGUAUGUGAUCCAGCCAUUGUUGUCUCUUUUCCACUUGUUGAUAAGAAAGGUGUAUCAAUGAUUGCAUGGACAACUACCCCUUGGACCCUGCCCUCAAAUCUUUCCCUUUGUGUCAAUCCCGAUAUGAUAUACGUCACUGUUUUAGACAAAGUUAGAAAAGAAAAGUUUAUCAUUAUGAAGACAAGGCUUUGCGAAUUAUUCAAAGAGGAGUCUGAGUAUGAAAUUUUAGAAGAAACACUUGGAAAAAAACUAGAAGGCUUGAAAUAUGUUCCAAUGUUUGACUACUUCAAAGAUCAAGAAGCGAAAGGCGCUUUUAAAGUACUUUGUGAUCGUUAUGUAACUGAUACAUCUGGUACUGGUAUUGUUCAACAAGCACCAUACUUUGGUGAAGACGAUUAUCAAGUAAAUUUGAGAUAUGGCAUAAUUGAUAAAGAUCAAGAACCAAUAUGUCCUGUUGACGAUUCGGGUAAAUUCACUGCAGCAGUAAGCGAUUUUAAGGGAAUGUAUGUGAAGGAUGCAGACAAAGGCAUUCUUAAGAUGAUUAAAGAUAAAAAACGUUUAGUAAAAAUGAGUCAAAUAAAGCAUAGUUAUCCUUUCUGCUGGAGAUCAGAUACACCUUUGCUGUAUAAAGGUGUAAAUAGUUGGUUUGUUCGUGUUGAGCAUGCAAGGCAGGCUCUUUUAGAUUCCAACGAAAAAACCUACUGGGUUCCUGAUUUUGUGAAGGAGAAACGCUUCGGAAAUUGGUUGAGAGAUGCUAAAGACUGGAACAUAAGCAGAAACAGAUUUUGGGGUAACCCCAUUCCUUUAUGGAUAAGUGACGAUGGAGAAGAAGUGGUUUGUGUAGGUAGCAUCAAGGAAUUAGAAGAAUUAACAGGACAAAAAAUCACAGAUAUUCAUAGAGAAAAUAUCGAUCAUCUUACUAUUCCUUCCAACCGAGGAAAGGGGGUACUCAGACGUAUUUCCCAAGUUUUUGAUUGCUGGUUUGAAUCUGGUUCUAUGCCUUAUGGCCAGUGUCAUUACCCUUUUGAAAACAAAAAGGAUUUUGAGGAGAAUUUCCCUGCAGAUUUUAUUUCUGAAGGAAUCGAUCAAACUCGGGGCUGGUUUUACACAUUGAUGGUUCUUUCUACCUCACUGUUUGGAAAGCCUCCAUUCAAGAAUCUUGUAUGCACAGGAAUGGUGUUAGCUGAAGAUGGGAAGAAAAUGAGCAAGAGACUCAAAAAUUACCCAGAUCCUGUUGAAGUAGUGAACAAGUAUGGGGCUGAUGCUAUCCGUCUUUAUUUAGUUAAUUCUCCAGUUGUUCGGGCAGAGCAGCUAAAAUUUAAGGAAAAAGGCGUUCGUGAUAUCUUAAAAGACGUUUUCCUACCUUGGUAUAAUGCUUAUAGAUUUUUAAUUCAGAAUAUUCAGAUAUAUGAAAGUGAAGAAGGCAAAGAGUUUAAAUUUGAUGAAAAAGCUGAAUUAAAUGUUACAAAUUAUAUGGAUAAAUGGAUUGUUAGUUUUAUCCAGAGCUUGGUAAAACAAGUUCAGCAAGAAAUGAAAGACUACCGGCUAUACACUGUUGUUCCAGCUCUCUUAAAAUUUAUCGAUCAAUUAACUAACUGGUAUGUAAGGAUGAAUAGAAAGCGUCUGAAGGGAGAUUCUACAAGCGAAGAUUGUCAACAAGCCCUUACAACACUUUAUUCUGUUCUUUUCACUAUUGUUAGACUAUUAGCUCCUUUUGUGCCGUAUUUAACAGAGCUUAUGUAUCAGACAUUGAAAAAUUACCUUGCAGAAGUCGAUGUUAAAGAGAGUGUACACUACUUAAUGCUACCAGUCUAUCAGCAAAGUCUCAUUAACGUCGAAAUAGAAAAUGCCGUGGCUGAUAUGCAAAGCGUAAUCGAAGCAGGCCGUCUGAUUCGUGAUCAAAACAACCUUCCCAGCAAGUAUCCACUCUCGGAAGUGGUUGUUAUCCACAAAGAAAAAACAGCACUAGAAAAUGUGUUAUACUUGGAAUCCCACAUAAAAGAAGAAUUAAACGUUCGAAAACUUACCAUCAGUCAAGACAAAGCGAAAUAUGAUGUUACCCUCAAAGCGACGCUUGACUUUAAAGUUGUUGGCUCAAGGUUAAAGUCUGAUAUGCAAAAAGUAAAGAAAAUGGUAGACGAGUUACCGGAAAAAGACCUAGAAAAAUUUCAAGAGACCGGUGAAAUAACUCUUCAUGGACAUGUAAUCAAUAGACAUGAGAUGAAAUUGACAUACGUUCCAAAGAGUUCUGCAGAUGAAAAGGGAAGUAAUUUGAAGGCUACAUCUUGGAAUAAAUUUCUAGUUUUAUUGGAUACCGUACCUUCCAAAGAGCUAGUUGAUGAAGGUUUAGCGAGAGAAAUUAUCAAUCGGGUUCAAAAAUUACGUAAAGCGGCCAGUUUAUUGCCUACUGAUGAAAUCAAUAUCUAUUACAAAACAACUGAUAAAAUUGAGAAAGUGGCCAAAGAUUUUAAAGAUUUUAUUUGGGCUACAGUUAAACAAACAAUGAUCCAAGGAGAAGCGCCUGAUUCGGCAAAUGUUAUCAUUGAAGAAGAAACAGCAAUUAAAGAAAAUAGUUUAAAACUAGUAAUCACAUCACCAGCAUCAAGUGUACCAGCACCAUUCUGCAAAUUUGUUAAUGUGACAUAUGCAGAUGGAAGAAAAGGCACGAUCUUAUUGGAGAAUCCAAUUAAAGAGCAUCAACUUGAAUACAAUGAAUUUGAGAAGCAAGUAAAGCUAAUCUUUGGUAUACGAUCUGUUGAAAUUUUCUUAGAUUCGACAAAGAAGACAAAGCUUGAAAGAGACGUCAAUUUAUUAGGUCUAAAAGGACGAACCGUGUAUGCUUUUUGA